CUGGCAUUGCAACAUCAGAAGUCAUCAUUCUCUGAUUACAAACUCUAGUCCAAGCAGCAGAUAAGCACAUGAGCUCAGCUGGCAGUUCUGAGCAGUGAGUUCUGCACAAUGUCUGCAAUGUGGAUAUUAAGGCUUGCUUUUGUAUUGCUUAAAAUCUUCAAACUAGCUGAUGCAUUAUCAAGACAUCCAUUACUUUUGGUCAUUUCGUUUGAUGGGUUUCGUCAUGAUUACUUUACUAAACUUGCAACACCAGGUUUAAAUAGGUUCAAAUCAGGUGGUACACAUGCACCAUAUGUACGUAAUGUGUUUCCAACAAAAACAUUCCCAAAUCAUCAUUCCAUUGCUACAGGCUUAUUUCCAGAAUCUCAUGGAGUUCUUGGAAAUGAAGUGUUUGAUCCCAUUCUGAAGAAGGUCCUGCAAUUUGGUCCAGAAGUAUAUAACACCCAAGGUAUUACACCCAUCUGGACUCUAAACCAGUUGGCUGCACAGGAUCGUUACAGUGGUGUCAUGAUGUGGCCAGGCGGUGGCUUCACUUACCGUGGCAUUGUGCCUAAGUUCCACUGUGCAUGGAACAUGAGUAUACCAUGGAAGACAAGAGUGGAUGUAGCCAUAGACUGGUUCAAACAUUCUAGUACCCCAUCUAAUCUGGUUAUGCUGUACUUUGAGGAGCCAGACUCUACCGCACACACGUUUGGUCCGGAAUCUACUCAAGUGCUCAGCUACAUUCAGAAAGUAGACAAUAUCACAACAUAUCUUCAAGACUGUCUCACAAACAAGAAUCUUAUUGACAAAGUUAACGUGGUGCUUCUGAGUGACCACGGCAUGGCAACAGUCACUCCUCACAGAAUCUUCAAUCUCACGCAAUAUGUAAACAAAGCAUUCUUCAAAAUAGUGGACUCAUCUCCAGUGUUGCAGAUCCAUCCAUCUAAAGGAAAGGAGACAGUAGUGUACAAUGCGCUGAAGACUGCAUCACAGACAGCCAAUUUUUCCAUCUAUCGGUUCAGUGAACUUCCUCAGCGAUGGCAUUAUGGACAGAGCCCACGCACUCCUCCCCUCUUGGCAGUUGCUGAUAUUGGUUAUGCAUUCCAAGAUCUGAUCGAGUGGUAUGAGGAGUGGUUCCAACAAAAAUUCAAUAGAACAUUGACAUCCACUGCCACACUGGGUCUGCAUGGUUAUGACAACAUGGAACCUUGUAUGCAUCCAUUCUUCAUAGCAAGUGGGCCAUUGGUGAAGAGUGGACACAGUAUACAGCCAUUUGAUACAGUGGACUAUUAUCCGCUGUUCAGUACCAUACUGGGUGUUACGCCUGAAAGUAACAAUGGAACUUUUGCUAAUGUGAGGGAUGUUCUAAAGAAUCCUCCUGCAAGUACAUAGAAGAAUUUUAUCUUGUCUCAAAAUAAUACAACAAUGUUACUAAUAUUAUUGUUAAAUUACUGUUUGCUGUGAAAUGCAAGCGUACAUUUAAGACUGCUGUUUAUGGAAGUACUAAAGAUGAAUGGUCUUUGACCUUAUAUGAUGAGGUGUAGAUAUUGGUCUGUUUUGCUGUAUAUUUCAAAACUAAAUUGUAUACAAAUUGUAAGUUCCUGUGGACUGUUUUUUCAUCACUGUUAAACCUGUAGAGUGCAGUAUUA